CAACCACAUGCAUCAAUAGAGACCUUUGAGAUUCCUUCCUUUUUUUGUAUUCUUUUUAAUCAUAAUUUUGGAAGGCAACUUUAGUUUUUCCAUUUCUCUCUUUUAUAUGUAAGGUUCCGAUGAGUUCUUGAAAAAAGAGAUCUAGAGUCCAAAGAUCUAUUGAUAUAUUAAUUCCUUUAAUCUUUACUUCAAUAUUUAUUUUCAAAAUGGGUGGAGGACUGGUAGCAGAUGAUUUCAAACCUGGUCAAGAUGCAUGUGCUUCUGAUUUACUGCUGAAGCCUGCAAGAACCUUAGUCCUUCUUGGCUGCUCGGGCAAUGGGAAAAGCGCGACUGGGAAUAGCAUUCUCGGAAGAGAGGCGUUCGAGUCGAAAGGAAGUGCAGCAGCUGUUACCAAAGAAUGUGAGCUAAAGACUACUAAGCGACCAAACGGACAGAUCAUCAAUGUUAUUGAUACUCCUGGCCUUUUUAGUUUGUUCCCCUCGAACGAGUCUACCAUCCGAGAAAUCUUAAAAUGCUUUCGUCUUGCCAAAGAGGGGAUUAAUGCGCUGCUUAUGGUUUUUUCUUUGAGAGGCAGGCUAACAGAAGAGGAGAACUCUGUGCUUUCAGUGUUGAAGGUCCUUUUCGGAGAUGAUAUUGUUGACUACAUGAUCGUUGUUUUCACCAAUGAGGAUUCACUUACUGAUAACAAUGAGACAUUGGAUGGCUAUUUGAAGGAAUCUUCUCGUUUCAAGGAAAUUCUUGCGGCCUGCAACAACCGUGUGGUUCUGUUUGAUAAUAGGGCAAAAACAGGAAAGCGCAAGAAAGCUAAGAAAGUUCAGAGGCUUCUAGACCUUGUUGAAGAAGUUGUGAGGAAGAACAACAAAAAACCAUUUCUGUUUGAUUUAUCUCAUAAGACAAUGGAGGCCGAAGUUGAAGAAAAGCAGAAAAAGAUUAAAGCAAUGAAGGGUCACUACACAGAAGAAGAGAAGUCCAAUUGGAAGGAAGAGGAAGAGAAUUCACCUCAUCAUCAGUUCAGCCAAAGGGUAAAGAAGGUGGAAGAAACAAGGAGUUGGCUGAAGGAGAAACUGAAUGAGGAGAAAACUGCAAGACGUGAAGCAGAAACAAGGGCGAGAGAAGAGAUUAGGAUGCUGAGGGAGAAACUCCAGCAGGCAGAGAAGAAACUCGAGAAACAGGAAGGAGGUUGCAUCGUUCUUUAAUAGAUGUUCUUUCAAAAUUGUGCCACCCAGAGAUGAUACAUACGUAUUGAGUUUUCUAUGGUCUUUUUCUUUCUAUCAAUUAAAAGAAACUACUUCUGAGAUAUCUGGCAUUAUGUGAACCUUUUCAUUGGUACUG